ACGCACACACACACACACACACACAGACACACGCUUACACACGGAGCUUUUCUUGCCAGUAAUGUCGUGUCUUCUCUAACGGGACAAGUUUAACCCUGUUGGAUACCACUGUCCUCUCGUCCCUCGCCUCCAAUGUGAACAUCUUAACCCGGACUGAGGAGGCCGUUUACUGGUGCCGACAGGAUGAUGAUGCGGAUAAAAGGAGGAGGCCACAGCCGAAGGUGCAGACCUCGCUAGAAUCCCAACUUCCCCAACAGCUCGUCCCCUCCACCAUUACCAUCCUCAUCAUCCACCACUGCUGCUGCUAUCCAUCCCCGCCGGCAGUAUGGCCAACCACCUGGAGCUGAUCCAGGAGCUGCAGCAGCUGGACAAGGUGCCCAGUCUGGAGAGGCUGCGGGCAGCUCAGAAGCGCCGUACCCAGCAGCUGAAGAGGUGGGCUGUGUACGAGAAGGAGAUGCAGAACAAGAAGAGGAAGGCCGACAAGAAGAGCCGCAAUUUAAUCAGCUUCCAGCAGUCAGAGUCUAAGAGGCGGGUGUCCUUCGCUGCUAGUGUGGCACUUCUGGAGGCUUCGGCCAGGAACGAUCCUGAUGAAGUUCGCUACCUACUGAGGAACAAUGUGAGUCCAGAUCUCUGUAAUGAAGAUGGUCUCACCGCUCUGCAUCAGUGUUGCAUAGACAACUAUGAAGAGAUGGUGAAGCUCCUGCUGGACCGAGGAGCCAACGUUAACGCUCAGGACAAUGAACUGUGGACGCCGCUGCACGCUGCUGCGACCUGCGGCCACGCAGGACUCGUCAAAAUACUCAUCGCGCACGGUGCAGAUCUUCUGGCAGUCAACUCAGAUGGGAACAUGCCCUAUGACCUGUGUGAGGACGACCCAACACUGGACAUCAUAGAGACAGCCAUGGCCAACAGAGGCAUCACUCAGGAGAUGAUCAAUGAGACACGAGCGUCCACAGAGAGAAAGAUGAUGGGAGACAUCCAGGAGAUGCUGAGACUAGGAGAUGAGGUCAACCAACAGGACUCCCAGGGAGCCACGCUGCUCCACAUCGCAGCGGCAAAUGGCUACGUGCAAGCUGCAGAGCUGCUGCUGCUGGAGGGGGGAGUUCGAGUAGACCUGAGGGACUCGGAUGGAUGGCAGCCUCUUCAUGCUGCAGCAUGCUGGGGUCAGAUGCAUGUGGCAGAGCUGCUGGUGUCACAUGGAGCCAGUCUCAAUGUCAAGACCUUCCUGGAAGAGACUCCAAUAGAUCUGUGUGAGGAUGAGGAGUUUCGAGCCAUCCUGCUGGACCUGAAACACAAGCACGACACCAUCAUGAAGUCUCAGCUCAAACACAAGACCUCACUGUGCAGGCGAACAUCCAGCGCAGGCAGUCGUGGGAAAGUGGUCCGGCGAGCUAGUUUGUCCGACAGGCAUAACUUGUGUCGCAAGGAAUACGAGACUGAGGCCAUUGUGUGGAGGGGAGGAAGAGAGGAGGAGAAGGAGUCUGAUCAGGAGAAUAAUCAGGUGAAGCCUGUCAUAACUGUGGAGCUGUCUGAGAAGCCCAAGCUGCCCACCAUCCUCAAAGAUGUCAGCGUUAAACAGAAUGGUCUCAUCACAACAACAACAUCCAUGCCCCUUCAGAUGCCCUCCAAUGGCAGCACGCCGACAUCCAACGAAAGCGUUGUCGUCACCUCCCAGCCUUCGCAGGAGGAGGUUGCACCGAAGGAGCGCGCUCAGACGUUGUCGGAGUUAAAGAAGCAGAGGGCCGCAGCCAAACUGCUGAAUCACCCCUUGUUUAAUGGUUACCUUGGCAACGGCUCCACAGACUCCUUCUCUGAUGCCAAAGUUUACUCUGAGGACCCUCGGAUGCCCCUGGUCUCCUCCAACGGCAACGCAGUUUACUACACGCCUGCCAGCGGCGAUCCUCCGCUCCUCAAGUUUAAACAGCCCUUAGAGGAGGAGCAGCCAAAGGCGCGGACCUGCUGCUGUGUGUCGUAGCCUCAUGUGACUGUUGACAAAGCAGAAAAACUAAAGAGGAAAGCAGGAGAAGAAUGAAGUCAACGAAAAGUAUUCCUGUUUUUGACAUCAUGCUCCCUCUCCACUUUAAACUUGGCCUAAAAAAGUUGGACUUCUGUUGUGUGCGAAUCCUCCUGCAGUCAGAGAGAUCUUUCUAAAGAAGGGAAAGAGUGGGAAAAGAGCUGAACAGAGCUGUUUGAUUGAAGGUCAGAGGUACAGUAGGAUGGGCCUGAGUAUCUUUGGUAGAGUCACAGAGAUUGUGCAGGGUUCAAAAAUCUUGAUGGAGUAAAGUGAAAAAUUCCCCAGUGUGAUGCAUGUUCUGCCCUCAAACUGAGCUGGAAACGGCUUAUUUUAUUGGAAAUUUCCAUCAAAUUGACCUUUAUCAGAUCAGGAAACAUUUUCAUCCAGGACAAAUCUCCUGUCCAGUUCCAUCGGUCUGCUUUUUUAAAUAGUUUUUGUCAUUUCUGAAUGUGCAGGAAGACCAAGCUGGAGGCAUCCAGGAAGAUUGUAACACACUUUGUUGAGGAAGAGUAAAGCGUAGCAUGAUGUCUUCAGAACUCCUUUGCAUUUAAACUGUAAAAGGGAAUAAAUACCAGAAAACAGUGUUAACUAAAACGUUUACUGCACAGUGGAUAAUAUAAAUAAGACACCUGCACUGUUUAAAAAUGUCACUAUAAGAUGUUGGCUAUACUUCAGCUUCACCUCACCGUCCUCUUAUUUAGAACCUAAACUGGCAGACCAUUCUGUGCAUUUUCUAUAAUCCACUUUGUGCUCACUCUUAUAGAUAAUUUAAGCAAAUUUGGUUGAUGUACAUGUCCUUAUUUAUUAGAUAAAUGUGUAAAAACAUUAUGGUUCUUUAAAGUUGAGUGUAUUUAUUAUUUGGAUGCUGUGUGGAGAGUAUGAAUGCAGUUUGAGAUGAGCACCUUUUAACAUGGAAAAAAAAAUCUGAUGGUAGAGAAGUAAGUCACUGUCCGUCGCGUGUACAUUUUGUUAAAUACAAACCCAUCCUGUUAGGGUGGAGUCCUGUUUGUAUCUCAACGAAUAAGAGGCUUGUUUGCUUUUAUUGUUUUUCUGGUAGGUGUUGUGUGGUUUUACUGUUUGCCAUUUACUGUAUUUCUGUUAGUAGAAAUUCUCCUGAAUUACUGUGAGAGUUUUCAGAGGCUUAUGCUGUCGUUUUAAGUACUCUGCAAAUGGCUCAAAUUCAAAAUACAAACUUUCUAGUUAAAAUAAGACAUGAAAGUAAAGGAAUAGUGUCAGAUUUUUGGAAAUACAGUCUUUGUCCUUUCCUUUUCUCUGUUCAUUAGUUUGGACAAUUAGCUCAUCCCACCUAAUAAGCAUAAUGUGGUAGGGACCAAUGCCCACUACAUCCUACCACUAGCAGACCAAAAAAGUGUUUAUUGUAAAUUACCAUAAUUAAUGUCAAAUCUUCUUUAUGUCAUUCAUAUUUGUUUGAGAGUUUCUGUAAGGUUAAGUGACUAUGUCCACAUUAUGACAGUAUAACAGAUGCUUAAUUGUAGCUCUUUGCCAUUUUUCACCUUUAUAGUUUUGGUUGCUUUCUACCUGAUUUUUAUCAGAUAUGAAAUAGACCAUUGGUCUAUCAUUUUUGUGCAAUUUUAUGCAUUAAUCACACCUGCCGGCAGGACGUUCCGUACCCGCUUUGGCAACUGACAGUUUAAAGCAGUCGUCCAAAAUGUUUGUCUACUGUAUGACAUUUUUGUUAUAUAUAAUGUCUACAAGCAGAUGUUUUUUGGAGUAACUUUGGUUUAGUCAGAAAUGAUAAUCUGUCAGUACUGGACUAUCCAAAGUCACUUAAUGAUGUUACAGAUCUUGAAUGACUUUGUGCAAACAACGUUCUGAUCGUAGGUUAUUGUAAUCCCCGCCCCUUUGAUGCCAUAAUCCCUGAACGGCUGGUGGGUUGCAGUUUUUUUUAAUUUGCUUUUAUUUUCAGUCUUGAUGCCUAAAUGUUAGGACCCACUGCAGUUUCAUAAUUGACCUAAAAACAUUUUCCUUUCAUAAUUACCUGUACAGUGUUAUAUAGAUGUGUACAGAUGAGUGUGGAAAUAUGUUUGUAUCAGUGUUAAAGGAUCUGUUCUCAUGGUUUGCCUUUACAUGUCUGUAGUGUUGCUGUCGGGGAACUAAUACUGUCACCUGUCUUAAUAAACAAUAUCCCCACAUUCAUGGUUGGAAUGCAGAAAAUAUUUAGUGCCCCUUUGAAGUCAUCCAGUAGUUAUAAGUCUGUUGCAUGCAUCCACGUGGCCCCCCCUCCCUGAGACUGAUUUCUUUACAUCAUCUAAAAAGGUCAAAUUCUUUUAGGCCAAUUUAAAAAAAAGUCUGACUGAAUCUUUUUCUGAUUCAGCAAAGCUCUUUUUUAAAUUGGAUUAGAAAAGUAACGUUUUUUGGCUUUUUUGUUUUUGUUCACUGUAGACUGAAUAUCAUUGCUUAUUUUUAUACCUUUUUAUAGUGAGUUAUCUGAAAUACAUUGAUGCUUGAGCUUCUGCAAACCGUGAAUAUGAGUACAUGUAAUAUUUUAUUAAUGAAACUCAAUCGGUCAAAGUUGUGACUUAAUGAAGUGUUAUUAUAAUGAGUCAGAAAGGGGCAGCAACCUGUUAAAGCCUGAAUCAAUGCUUAUUGUUUUCUGCAAGACCCGUUAUCUAUAAGGAUGAAAUGAUGAACAAAAACUACUGAUUUUGUAAUUACUGGAAUAUAUUGAUGGCUGCAUUAACAUAUUUUGAAUAAAUUGUAUAUUUUGAAAGUUUUAAA